AUGGCGCCCCAGGUGGAGGAAUCGGUUAUCGAUGCCGGCAUGAUGCAGGAGAUCGUCCGUGCUGACGGCUACAUUUGGCUGAAAUACGGUCAAAAGCAUGUUCACGACACCUACAUUACUCGGUGCUACUACAGAUGCUCCUGCUCCAGAAGCCAGUCCUCCUGCACAGCUAAGAAGACCGUGGAGUAUGACCGGCGAAGAGACUAUAUGCUGUCAACAAUUCACAUCAACUACAGCAGCCCCCACCACAACCACCCGCCUCCUCUUGAGAAACGCAUCUGCGAGGAACCGAGCUGUCCGCUGGCAGUCAGAAUGCACCCUGAUGCCGAGGCACCUAAGAAACAGACCAGGAUACAUCCACCCCAGGAGCGCCAUAAAUAUGACAAUGCUUCCCCUGCUGCUGCUCCACCAGAGCCUUCGGCUACAGAAAGCUGCUGUUCUGUUUCCUGCGCUGUCAACGCCAACCUUCAUUCUGUUUCUGACCCGCAUUCUGUGCAACAUCAUCAUCAUGAUGCUCCUACACUGCUCGCUCCUCCUGCCACCCCUGCAGCCAUCUCCGCCAGCAGUGCUGCCGCCGCUCCAGAGCACGCAGCCGGUCCCUCUACUGUUUCUAAAGAGUUUUUCCAGCAAUUUCUUGCCCCUGCAAACAAUGAGGAUGGUGAGGAUGAUUCCCAAACAGCUUCCGACGCCGCUGGUGUUUGUUCUUCAAAUUGUGGAUCCAGCUCGGAAGGCGCACCGAUUGGUGAAGCUCCUUCCAUUCAGCUCUUUGGUAGCAGCAUUCUCCUUGAUGAAAGCAGCGCUACAUUAUCAAUCCAGAACAGAGAAUAUAGCGAGUGGAGUGAUGGUGGUUUGCUCGACGACACACCGUGUGCUAAAAGAGCUAGGCGCACUGAAUCAGCCCCCGCACGCUUCAGUCCCAGCCCUGUUUUCGUUGAAGCUGCUGGUACUAAUGAGGAGCAGCUUCAGUUCAGUUCUGAGUUUCUGCCGACAUCGAUUUUCCUAUCCUGCCUUUGUACGUCUUUGAUGAAGACGUUACCGCUUUGA